GCCUGCCGGAAGGCCGUGCCCUCCGCGGGGCAUGAUGGGGGAGUUGGAGAUUUCCAUCAUGGCGGCUUCCAUUUCGGGCUACACCUUUAGCGCUAUGUGUUUCCACAGCGCCAACAGCAACGCGGACCACGAAGGAUUUUUGCUGGGAGAGGUAAGACAAGAGGAAACCUUUAGCAUCAGUGAUUCACAAAUCAGCAACACAGAGUUUCUGCAAGUAAUUGAAAUCCAUAACCAUCAGCCUUGUUCGAAACUUUUUAGUUUUUAUGACUACGCAAGCAAAGUCAAUGAAGAAAGUUUGGACAGGAUCCUUAAAGAUCGGAGAAAGAAAGUCAUUGGGUGGUACAGAUUUCGGCGAAAUACGCAGCAGCAGAUGUCCUACAGAGAGCAGGUCAUCCACAAACAGCUGACCCGCAUCCUCGGCGUACCUGACCUCGUCUUCCUCCUCUUCAGCUUCAUCUCCACUGCCAACAGUUCCACUCACGCUUUAGAAUAUGUUCUCUUCAGACCAAAUCGAAGGUAUAAUCAAAGGAUAUCACUUGCUAUUCCCAAUCUAGGCAACACUAGCCAGCAGGAGUACAAAGUGUCUUCAGUGCCAAAUACUUCUCAGAGUUAUGCCAAAGUUAUUAAAGAACAUGGUACUGACUUUUUUGACAAGGAUGGAGUAAUGAAAGACAUCAGGGCGAUUUAUCAGGUUUAUAAUGCACUUCAAGAGAAAGUGCAGGCAGUGUGCGCAGAUGUAGAAAAGAGCGAGAGGGUUGUUGAAUCUUGUCAGGCAGAAGUGAACAAAUUAAAAAGACAAAUCACUCAGAGGAAGAAUGAAAAGGAACAAGAAAGAAGAACGCAGCAGGCGACGCUAAGCAGACCAGUGCCACCGGAAAGCCUGGAACCAGGGCUCGGCCCUCGGCUGCCCUAUUCUGGGUUUGCGGCCGAAGGCAGAAGUACACUUGGAGGUGCUGAGGCCUCUGAUCCCCCUCCCCCUUACUCUGAUCUUCACCCCAACAAUCAAGAAAGUACUUUGAGCCUUUCUCGCCUGGAGGGUAGUGUCUUUAUGCCCCGACCUCAAGCCGUGGGCUCUUCCAAUUACGCCUCCACCAGCUCUGGACUGAAGUACCCUGCAGGUGGGGCAGACCUUCCUCCUUCCCAAAGAGCAGCUGGAGACAGUGUGGACGAGUCCGACGACAGUGAUUAUGAGAAUUUGAUCGACCCCACAGAGCCCUCUAACAGCGACUACUCACAUUCAAGGGAUUCGAGACCCAUGACACAUCCUGAUGGGGACUCCAGGAACACUCAGACCUCCCAGAUUUAACGAAACAAAAGAGCUCUCCACUUAGCACUGGUUUUCUUACUGCUUCCUGAGAGAGUUGUUUGAGGACUUAGUCUGCGGGAACCACUUUCUCAGAUCCCUGGCUCCCAAGAGGAGAGAGUCCUUGUGCCCAGAACUUGCUGGAGCCUUGCGUCUGCUGGGCCUCACGUCCGAUGCUGUGUGCAGGUGUCACGGCAGAAUCAUUAAGAUAAUCAUGUUGUACUAAUUCUGGUGCGAUUCAUGGAUGUGCUGGUAAAUUUAGGCGAAUUGAAACUUAUCACCGUAGUCUUUGUUCUUUACAGUAAAUUGGAAAUUAGACACUAAGCACAAUUAGUCCAUAAAUGUUCUGUAUAUCAAAACCUUACCUCUUGCACUAUCAUGCCUUGAAAUUUACUUUUUCAACGGAAAUGAGUUUAGCAGCAGCCUUCAGAGAACCUUCUUUCUAUAACGAGCCAAAAUCAUCUCUGUCAGAAAAGAAAUUUUGAUAAUUCCAAGAAGCCUGAUUGGAACAAAUCGGAUCCACCUUCUCUCAUCUGCAUGACUUGGUGAGAUUGAAAGAGAGGGCUUUGUUUCAACUUUUUUCUACUAGCCUGAUAUGUAUUGUCACUUAAAAAUGGUUGCCUUUUUAAAAAAUGUAGAAAUACUAAUUACCAGUAAGUAAUCAUCCAAAUAAGUAUGUCCUAUGAUGAAUUAAUUAUUUUUCUUUUGGUGAAUUACAGUGACUACUGUGUUGCACUAGCCACAUUUAUGGUCUCUGUUCUGGAGUCUGAAAUGAAGGACACCCAGCAGUGAGUAACAGAAAGGAACUAGGUGCCACACCGGGGUUUAUAAUGCACCGAUUCCAGACACAGUGGCUUUAGCCGAGUUGAUAUGUAAGGGGUAGAACUCAUUUAGACCUUAUGACAAAUCCUAGUGUUAGUUUUAUUUGUGGAGGAAAGACACUUCAUAAACUUUGUGGGAAUCUUGGUGAAUAAAGAUUCAUUUUAAAUCUGAAUAACCAUACUUUUUUUUUUCCUAAGUUGCCAUUUGAGGGAUAAUUGUGGAAUGUGUAGACUGUUGGGAUACACUUAGGUCUUUAUCGAAUUACUGCUUGUUUUCUGCUUUUGCCCUGAAUGUGUGAAACCAUGGGCAUUGUGGGCUCCUCUCUUGGCAAGACCCCCCAUUGAUGAUGUGGCUACCCUACGGAGUUAAUGCUGGGGCGUAUAACUGCCUUGCCUUUAAACUAGUUAAAACCUGUAAGAAUAAGAAAGCUAUUAGAGGGGCUUAAAAUCCAGGUUCCAAAAAAGUGGUUUCAUUUCCUAGGAGAGAAGUUUACUCACCUAUCUCCAGUUCCUGUCAUAAAUUAGGCAAUAUAAUUUGGACUGGCAAAUGCAAUGCUAAAACUGCCAUUCUUCAGAAGUCCACUUUAUGGGAUCUGUAUUGUAACUACUCUCCUGUUUUUGUUGGCCUUACACCACUGCCGUUUGAUCUGAAAUGUUGCAGACCACUUUAUCUGCAAACACGUUCCAGUUGUUAUCAGCUACCUACUAGCGGCUUCCGCACCAGUGUGAAUUUAAUUAUUUUUUUUUAAGUGCCAUUGCCAUCUCCUCCAUUUGCAUUUUGACAGUCAGGAAAAUAUUUUUAUGCCAUACCGAAAUCUACAAUGUAUAUCCGACAAAGCAGUUAAAUGUGACAAUAAAACCUUAUUUAAUCAUGA